GUUUUGCCACGUUGCCGCAGAUUGCAGAACAACGCCACCGGGCGUGUUUUCUUCCUCUUCUCCGUGACACCAGCUUCACACAAAGUGACCCAAAUGUAGAAAAGGUGUUCCACGGGUUAUAGAGAGAUCUCUUUGUAAAAAAAAAAAAAAAAAAAAAAGGUGUGCGGUGGGGAAAAAAGAGAGAAAAAAAUGCUUGCGGGUGUGAUAGUGGAGGAGGAAUUCGAUAAGGAGCAGGAGCUGUGGUACAGCCGGAAGGAGCUCGAGCACGAUCUCCACUUGGCCGCAGAGUUGGGAAAGUCUCUGCUGGAGAGGAACCAUGAGCUGGAGCAGGGUCUUCAGCAGAUGUACUCCACCAAUCAGGAGCAGCUGCAGGAGAUCGAGUACUUGAACAAGCAGGUGGAGCUGCUGAGGCAGAUGAACGAUCAGCACACCAAAAUGUACGAGCAGCUGGACGUGGCAGCACGAGACCUGGAGACCACCAACCACAGGCUGGUGCUGGACAACCGCAUGGCCCAGGGAAAGAUCCAGAGCCUGACCGAGACCAUCGACAGUCUGCAGUCUCACAUGGAGUCUCUACAGAAGCAGGUGGAGGAGCUGAAGGCGUCACAGUCGGAGCGCUCGAGGAGAGAAGGUGCUGAAACUCGCCGCCGCAGCCUCGCCGCUCAGAGCGUCUCCUGCCUCUACGACCUGCACCGCGAUACGCGUCUGAGCUCAGAGAGCCUCAGUGAUGACCGCUCGUGGUGGACAUUGGACGGUGGUCUGGUGGAGGAGGAGAAAUCGUCGCUGCAGCGCGCACUGCGCAGUCUACACACCCAGCUGGGCAGCGAGCGCGAGCGGCGGGAAGCGGCGGAGAAGGUUACGGAACUGGCCGAGAGGGAGAACCGAGCUCUGGAGGAACAGCUGGCACAGCUGGAGGGGACGCGGCGCCACCAAGCCGAGCUGGAGGCGGAGGUGGAGGAGCUGCGCCAGUUGUGGCGCUCUGAAACAUGGCGUGUCAGAUCUACAGACUCGCUCGUAGCCGACGCCGUGUUCUUCCUCACCGAGGAGAAGGGGGCGGAGCCGGCGGCAGAGGUCGUAGAGGUGGAGGAAGAGGACGGGUCCGAACAAGAGCCGAAGCGCGGGCACGAGCUGACGUGUAUACGGCGAUCGGAGGCGGUGAGGCACCGCGGCAUCUCUCUGCUGAACGAGGUGGACGCGCAGUACAGCGUCCUGAAGACCAAAUAUGAGGAGCUGCUGCUGCGCUGCCACACCCCCGACCACACCCCCAGCCACAAAGCCGUCCAGACUCCCGCCGCCUGCCUCAAAACUCCGUCCGCCUCCCUCACGGAGGACUCCUACCAGCCCGAGUACAGGGCACUCUUCCAGGAGAUCUUCACAUGUAUCCGGAAGACCAAAGAGGACCUGAAUGAGAACAGGGCCACGCCCAGGCUCAAUCACGCACUCUGAGCUCUGUGUCUGUGUGAGGUUUUUUUUUUCAGUAUUCUCAUCAGCUUACGUCCAUUUUUUAAAAAACUUUGCACUUUAUUUUCUCCAGGACUCGCGGUACUGACCGAGGUCCUGACUGAUCCCAGGGCAUUGUGGGAUAUCAGGAGUGUGGUGGAGUUUCUGCACCAGGAUUUUAACUUAUUUCUUACUUUUUCCAAAUUUCACACGUUUUUCCACACGUCUCAUUCCAUCUUGGUUGUUUACGUUCACGUCAGUCACUAAACAUCACGUGUUUGCUCUCGUUCAUGUGUACUGUUUCUUCACGUGUGAGAUGUGUAUACACCUGAGGUCUGAGCUCACUUGGGUCUCAGUGGCAUGUGUUGUGUACGCUGCCCCCUAGUGGUCCUGCAGUGUGUGUGUGUGUGUGUGUGUGUGUGUGUG